AUGGAUGCUGCUUACAAGAUACGGGCAGAUUGGUUUCCCCAUGGAGAUGGAAACUCUGUAGCUGUAGAACCAGGCCAACAUAAUAGUUGGAAUGAUGAGAUUUUGGGUUUGUACAAGGCUGCAAGAUGCACAAAUGAGGAUUUAGUUAGGAAGGGCUUAGAUGAUUCAGAAGCUGUUGAGAGUAAUGACCAAAAAGAAGAUGAGUUUUUAGCAAAACUUGCAGAAGGUGAGACACCAUUGUAUCCAGUGUGUGUUCACCACAGCAAGCUUUCGGCCAUAGUUUCUCUAUUUAGGAUCAAGACACAUAAUGGGUGGUCAGACAAGAGUUUCAGUGAGCUACUAGAAACCUUGCCAAAUAUGUUAUCUGAAGACAACGUCCUUCACACAUCCACUUAUGACAUCAAGAAGUUCCUAUAA